UGGCCUUAAACUACCAGACUCCGGGUUUGAUGAUGGAUCUCUACAAUGGUUGGUUCAAUAAGAAUGGUGGGUGUGGCUAUGUACUUAAACCCGCCAUCAUGAGGGAGGAGAUUGCAUAUUUUAGUGCUAAUACAAAAGAAGUCAUUCCAGGGGUAUCACCACAGAUUCUUCAUAUAAAGAUUAUCAGUGGUCAAUAUUUCCCGAAACCGAAAGGUUCAGGGGCUAGAGGUGAUGUAACAGACCCUUACGUAACCAUAGAGAUAUUUGGUAUUCCAGCAGACUGUGCCGAGGAGAGAACUAAAACUGUACCUCAUAAUGGUGAGUUUUUUUAUGGCGUUUGUAAACCAGUCUCUCAGUACAUAAAUGAAAUCACUGUACCCUGUCUU